AUGAUGUUUCGUCGACUAUGUCUCUCUGGCGGUGUGAGAGCCAUUGAUGUGCGUUUUCUUUCCAUGACCAGCGAUGCGCGCGAUGCUCUGACUAAGCAGCUGUCUGCAUUGAAGGAGGAGUGCAAAGGACAAGGGUUGGAUUUAGCGGACAUGAGCGAUGCUUCGCGGGCCGCCAUGCGGGCGGUGCAGGAUGGCCUAAAACGUGCCAACGUUGAGGAUGACCAGUUCAAGGGGAAAUGCACAACGCUGUCGGCCUCCAUGAAGGCGUACACGGCACGUCUGUCAAACCUGCAGGACGAGGCGCGUUCCAUCCAGGCUGAGGCCGACGCGCUGCUUAAGCUAAUGUGGGGCACCGAGGCCCCACCAAAGGACGCCUCCUUUGCGUCACCCCCCAAGUCGGCUGAGGAAGCUGGAUCUGCUUCUGCUGCUGCGGCGGAGGUGAAGGGAGCUGAAACGGAGGAUGAUGAAUUUAUCGUGGAGCCACCUCCUCUCGCGAAGGCACUAGGGAACGACAAGCGGCCUCCUGAGCGCGUUGAGGCCGAGCGGGUGCAGGACACCGCAAGGAAGUCGGCGGAGGAGGUGGUAGUGGAAGAGAUUGAGGUGGAGACCAUUGAGGUGGAAGUGGAGCCCAACGAAAGCCCUGCCGACACCAUGAAGAUCACCGACAUCACAAAGGAUCUAUACGAACGGGGGGUAAACUUUUCCGACUGCCUCGACGCACGAACGUUGCGGCAGCGGUACAGGGAUGUGCUGGCUGGAAAGCUUUCACCUGGCAUCCAUCCAGGCACGCCAACUUCGACACCGCAGGCUGCAGAAGCAAACACAAACCAGCCUCGCAUGCCAGAGCAUCGACCGUACCAACAACAACCACAGCAAUAUUACCAGCAGCAGCAGCAGCAGCAGGCUAAUACGAGUGAGUCUGGACUCGCCCAUGAUCCGUAUCCUAACGCGUACAGGAAGAUGGUGGACCCCAUGAAACACGUGUGGGAGCUUAAAAAUGAACUUGCGGCGGAGAAAGGAAUUGACCCAAAGAGUGUGGAUUUGUGGAGCGGGAAAUGCAAGUUAGAGGACCACAAGGUGUUGUACGAUUACCCUUCCGUGCAGAGCUACCCCAUAGAGGUGCGACAGAAAGGAGACAUUCCACGGUAA